AUGGUCCCCAGCCUUGUCUUCAUCCACACAGAGAGCAGCCUGUAUUCACUGCCCUGCAGCCCUAUUGAGAUGGAGGUGGCUGAUCCCACCUACCGCUGGGUGCAGGACAGGGCAACCCCCAAGUUGUUCUCAGUCACCAAAGAGGGACAUCUCCUCUUCCAACACUUCCAAGCAGGUGACAGUGGGAAGUACUCCUGCACUAUCUCCUACAUGAAACACGGGGUCCCUGUGUCCCAAACAUUUCACUACAGCAUCUUUGGCUACCAUGUGCUCGGAGGCCUGGAUGCUGUGCUGCUCUUCCACAGCAAGCUCUGUGAGGAUGAGAGGACCAAAAGGUUCCUGUGGGGUCUACAGAAUAAGCUGAGGCAGCUGGAGAUGGAGCAGCACUUCAAACUCCAGCUCACCGCCACCUUCUGCUUCCCCUCGCUCAACAACCCUUCAGAUGAGUUCAUCAUCCAAGUACAGCUAGAAGUGUCCCUCUUUGGGCCCCACUGGGAUGAACACUGCAACUCCCAGGACAUGGAGAUGGUCACAGACUGCUACCGCAAAACAGUCCGGCACAACCUCGGGCAGGUCCAGCUCGCCCUUACCAGGUUCUUCAAGGAGCACAAGUCCUUCCACGUCACUGGGGCUGAUAUACCCAGCAUCAACUUCACCAACAAGUUUGUCAGCUUCUUAAAGACCAAGCAGUGCAGCGGGGGCUAUGGGCAGACCAAGCAGCUGCAAAGAUGUCUCGACUGUUGCAGGAUGUUCAGCCCUCCUAAGAACAGCCAGUGCUCCCCGUGCCCUGUUGGGACCUACAGCCUGACCUAUGGGGUGGCAUUUUGCACUCCCUGCAAGGAUGGCAUGAUCACCAGGGUGCCGGGUGCCAGCUCCAUGAUGCACUGUGUCAAGAAGGAAAGGACCAAGCAGGGUACACAGAUCAUCUGCUACUGA